GUCUCGUUUAGAUGUGAAGUCACAACCUUUUCACCAUGUCGAAGUCCUGUUUGUGGUAUGAUCACAAGUUGAGAAGCACACCCUUUUCUUCUCCUCCAAAGUUUCUUUGUAGAGUCCUCUUACUCAGCUUGCCAGUCUAUUCAUAGAUGCUGAUUUGGUGGUGGCAAUGCAUUGUUGGCUGUGUGUCGAGGGGGGCGGGUGUGUAGCUGAAGCAUGCAAUGUAGGGCUGCAGUUCGAGGUUAACCCAAUGAUUGACAGAUUGGCUCCCCUUGCAGUUAGUGACCUAGAUUCUAUUUUGAUCACUGAUAGUAGUGAGAAGAACAAGUAGUUAAGCAGUGCACCGUUCAGUAAAAUGCACUUUAAAUGCAAUCUCUUAGGCUCUCCACAUUUCUGUCUUUAUUUGUCUUGGUGCAUUCUGCACUAUUUUGUCUUAUUCUGGCAAUUUCAAUUUACACACACACAGUUAUCUUUUUCUCCAAAGUAAUAAUUAAAUUACUCAUUUUAAAAAGGAUCUUUUUUUUGUAUAUUUUUUUUUUCUAAAUGUAGGAGUGUUAUUUAUUUGCUGUCUUUGGUUGUCCAAACAUUCAACCAAUUUGUAAAAGAAAAAAUAUGUAAGUCAAUUUAGAAAGUGUGAAAUUUGAAGAGCCACAGAGCAAGAAGAGCAUAUUGGAGGAUUGGGGAGUUGUCUAUAUCCAUCGAAGAUAGAUGCAAGAUUUGGAGGUUGCAAGCACAGAAGACGGCAGCCCAGGAGACCGCAGUGGAAAUAGCAGCAGCAGUGAAGGCAACAAGGAAAACAAGCGUCCACCUGAUUCAGGUGGCGGGGGGACUCCAAGAGCAGCAGCACGCAGCCGGAGGCAGAAAAAGAAUGCGUCUCCAGGGAAGAAAAAUAAAGCCAAGGGUAAACGUGCCAGCAAUGGCACCAGUGAUGGCAGCAGCAAGCAGGCUCAAAGCAUUCCUCUGCGUCAACGUGCUAAACUGAAACUUACGGACAACGAGCUUGCACAGUUCUUCCUGCAUUAUGUCUUGAGUCCAGAUCAACUUCUGGGCCUGUCAUUUCCUGUGGAGAGCACGUUGUACCCAGGCCGUGCCAUCAUCUUCAAGACUCCAUCCAACAGGCCAUCGCAACCAGUAGUCCACCAGCCCACCCAACAGUCUCAUCUGUUUGAUGUCAAUGCUCAAGAGUUUGUUCCGAAGUUCACUAGCCCAUUUUUGUAUCCGUCACCUUCCAAAGUGCCCCAAGCCUCUGAACUCAGUGAAAACAUUUAUGUAUCUUCUAGUUUAGUAGGCAAUGGAGCAUCUUGGAAGGAUGGGAGCAGUGAUAGUGACAGCUCAAAGUCUGAAGACUUUGUGAAGCUCAAGGAUGAGCCCAAAGUGACGCCAAGCCCAGUCAAGAGCAAAGCUCAAGAGGAACUGAGCAGAGGAAGUGAUGAGAAGUGGUGUGUUCGCUGUGGCAGAGGUUUCUUUGUCUCUAAUGAUGGAGAAUACUUGACUCAAGAGAAGUGUUUGUAUCAUUGGGGUAAACUUCAGGUCAGUUCCAUUGGGGUUGCCGACUACAGUUGUUGUAAAGGCCGCUCCAAUACUAAAGGCUGCACAACAGGGAAACUUCAUGUUUGGAAAGGCAUCAAUGAUGGCAUUAAUGGACCAUUGGAUGGUUUUGUCAGAACUCGAUCAAGGAAAACAAUUCCUCCAGAUGGAAACUACGGUAUCUAUGCUCUGGACUGUGAAAUGUGUUUCACAACUAAUGGCUUGGAGCUAAUUAAAGUUACUGUUGUGGCCACAGACGGUCGAUUGGUGUAUGAUAGCCUGGUUAAGCCUGAGCACUACAUUAUUGAUUAUAAUACCCGCUUUUCGGGUAUAACUGCUAAAGACCUGAACAAAAAGGGUGCCACAAAAUCUCUAAAAGAUGUUCAGAAUGACUUAAUGGGCUUCAUCAAUGCCGAUACCAUCCUCAUUGGACAUGGCCUGGAGAAUGAUCUUCGUGCUCUACGUAUUAUUCAUGGAACAGUGAUAGACACAUCAGUUGUUUUUCCUCAUUAUUAUGGUCUUCCUUAUAGACGCUCCUUAAAAUCUCUUGCAAACUGCUUGCUCAAGAGAGACAUUCAGAGUGAUUCAUCAGGACACGAUAGUUAUGAAGACGCUCGUGCGUGUAUAGAGUUGAUGUUAUGGAGGAUUCGCAAAGAGUUUCGGUCUGUUCUGGAUGGACAAAGCUACUAUUCAUAAUGUGACUAGUACUUUUAUUUUCAUUUUGAAUCUCCAAAAUAUCCUGCUGGGUUGUCUUCUGUCAUUUAUUGUGCAGUGAUUGUGAAAGUGUUAACUGACCCUUCAUUACAUGGGAGUUGAUGCUUUGAAACAUUUUCCAAAGAAUACUCAAGAAGUAGUGUGUUUGAACGAGUGUGUGUUUGUGUGAAUAAUUACAUGGAGAAAGAAUCAACCAAGACUGAUAUGAGGCAUGGCUUACUGCACUGUAAAUUUGAAAGGCCUUGCACUUGGAUCAAGUUCUGAGAUAAGGAGUAUUGUCUUUUACCUUCACUACCUUGUGUGUUUUUAUCUUUUUUUGUUAAUUAACAAUGGUCAUCAGGUAUGACUCAGAUUUUUUGUUACUGCCAUUAAUUAGGUGUUUUAUGAAUUGGAAGUAGUGUCGCUUUUUCUGCUGAAUGUAAGAUUUUUUUUGUGCAAGUUUGUUUUAUCUUUUGGAGAAAAGCAGUAAGCCAUGAGUGAAAAUCUGUGAUUUGCUUGUAUGAGUUUGUGUUAUUACUUCUUUUACUUGUGAACUUCUUUCUUCAUUUUGUUUUGUCCAUACUUAAUUUUGUUUCCUUCAAUUUAGUCCUGAUGUGUCAAUGUUAUUUUGUCCCCUGCUCGAAGUCUGAGCAUUUUUUCCUGUGUGUUCAUGCCCUACUGGUAAGUGUCUAGUAGAUUUUUUUCCUUUUGUAACAAAUUUGUAACUAGCCUGCCUUGUGACUUAAAUGGCCUCCUGCCAUUGUACUCCAUAACUGAUAUUUUUCUUGUCUUCUCCAUCUUUACUAAGUUAAUGUAUACUUACUUGUACAUCGACUUAACCCUGUGUUCACUUAAGAGAAUUUCUCGUAGUUCUGAAUUUUCCUUUAAGUCACUGUUUUUAGUGAUAAUGUGCUACAAUUGAAACUUCUGGAUACGUAGUCUUAUUAUUUAAGUGUCUUUAUGUGGAAAAGAGCCUAGAAGAAUGGUCUGAUUACCUGCUCAAUAUGUGGAAAGAAAAUUUGCUUUGAUAAAGUUUAGUAGGACAAAAUUUUGAAGACUAAUUCAACAUUCCUAUCGAAUAUGACUGACCAAUUUCUUUAUUUAUGUUUAUAUUCUUGUUUCUUUUAUACUUUGGCAAUUCUUCUCUUUUGCUGCAAUUUUCUAAACCUACUCCUGUGAAUGGUUUGCAAAAGAGUUCUACUCGCUGUUAAUGUUGUGUGAAUGCUGAGUGACUGAUGGUGCUGUUAUAUUUAUUUUAGUGUUCAUAGGUAGUUUUUUUAAUUUUAAGUAGCUAUGAAAAUUUUGCUAGUCAUUUUCCUUGUUUUUUUUUUUUUUUGUCUUUUUUUUAAUGUUCCUAUGUGACUGGGUUUUGAUAUGAAUUGCAUUGGGAUUGAGAGGGUGUGGAGGCAGGAUAAUGCACUAGAUAGGUCUUGAAGGUUCUGAAUCAAUAACUGACUCAUAGCGUUAAUUGAUGACCAUCAGUAAUUGCUCAAUGAUGCCUAGUUAGGAGGUUGGUGUAUCGUUUGACUAAGCGACAUCCUUAUGCGCUACAACACCAAGUUGCUCACAGUUCACAAUUUUAUUUUAUUUUUGUCUAACAUUUGUCACUGUUUGUGAUGAGAAGGUAAACUAUUGUUCAAAUGGGUAAUCUAGACCACUUAGGCACCCUUUUGUUCUAUGAAAAUGGCAAUAAAGCUCUUGCUCUCCUUUUUUAGGAAUAUUCUUUUAGGAUCUUAGAGUCUUACUACUGGACAUCAUCCUGAUAGGAUUUUGAUUUGUACUUGUGACGUCUUCAUCCUCUCCAAAAGUUCACAUUAUUGAUAUUUCCUUUGGUUUACUUUUUAGCUAUGUGUUCAUGGCAAAGUACAUUAAAAAUUUAGAUGUCAGAAUUAAGUGUUGUCUUUCUCAUUUGGGUGUAAGAUUAGGGUGACCCGUAUCCUUAACUUACAACUUUCUUAGAUGUAGUAGUUUUGGCCUUUUGUAAAAGUUUGUAACUGUUUUCCUACUUGUAGCUUUUGAUGUUUUAGGAUGUUUGUAUUUCUCCCAAUGUUUGUCAAGUUUGUUCAUACUUAUGACAAGUUGCAAAUGUGUUCAUUGUUAUUAGUCCAAGGAAUAACAUCAUGAAAUUUUAGUGAUUCAUGAUGAAACAAAAUUUGUAUUAACUGAAACUUUUAGGGUCCACUUCAGGUCAAAUGUUCCAUCAAUGCUGGUGUAGGCCUCUGCACCUUUCACUGGAGUUCUCUCCCUCCUCCCCCUCACUCUAUUUUAGAUUUUAGAUCAGAUUAUUUGUGGUUGUGAAAAAUGUUUACUGUUCAUGAUCUCAUUUCCAUUGGUUCAAUAUAUCUUCCAUUUACUUAAAAUUGUCAGCAGACCUUUGCCAUGUAAAAUAAUCAUCCUGUAAAAGUUUUUGUGGAUACAUGCUUGACAUUGAGCUCCCUUUCCCCUUGCAUUUUUAUGUGGCCAUGCUAUCCUGUUUACAGUAACUCUGGGUAGAGCAUUUGCUGGUUGUUAAAAUUCUUCCUUGUAUGGCACAAGGUUAUGGUUGUGCUCUUCAAAUACGUAAUUUAAAUUGUGCGUUUUGAUAGUCCGUUUGGAAACAAUUUGAUGUGUUCCUCAGCUGGAUUACUUAAAAAACCAUUCUUUCAAUUUGAAGUUUGGGCAGUGUAGAGUGUCAUAAGGUGUUUUCACUUAAGUCUUUGAGAGCAGUUUGACUGCCAACCCUCAAACUUUCAAGAACUUGUUUAGAUUUGAAUGCUGGAUAUGUGGUUUGUUUAGACUGCCAGUUACAUGUUAGUUGUUAAUUCUUGUGUGAAAGUGGUUAGUGAAUGUUGUGGCAGGAUGGUAAGUUUCAGUAUUGUCAAUGAAUUCCUCUGUACAAAGGGUACAAAUUAUGUGUGUAUGUGUGUGUAGUAGCACGCACGCGUGCAUUUGUGAAAAUGUGAUUUCAUGUUGUAUGUGCUGUUUUUUUCUACUUUCAUGUUGUAAAUUUUAGAGCAAAAGAAAACCUAUAUAUUAUCAUGAACAAGGGUUUUUAAUAUGAAAUGUAAAGAGAUGUCUAGCUGUACAUAAUAACUUAAGUUGGAUUGAUUGUGUUAAAAAUUGGUUAAGGCAAUAGUUUCUUACUGGUAAGGUUCCAUUGUUCAUGAUGGUAUGUAGGUUUUGUGUGCAUGUGCACACUUUCUCAACGGUCUCUGUGAGAUCUUGCCACAUUUCUGAUACAAUCUAAGCAAUAGUUUUAUUGUUUCAUUCCUUUAAAGCCGUGGGUAUUUACAUAUCAACUGUAAUUUUUUUAAAUCCUUUUUUUUUUACUGUGGUCCCCUAGGCUUGGUUGUCGUAAAACUAAUUUUGUAGUUUUAUAGAGUGAAAAUGUCAAUAAAAUAAAUAAAUAAGAAAAUAAAACUU